UGAUAUCUUUGCCUUUUUAAUGGUCGCUACCGUAUGAAAUAUAUAGAGUAAAUUCUCGUUAAUACUUGUAUUCGUUUUUUUCGAAAAUGCCAAGUAAAGAUCAGACGGACGUUAAGCCAAGCUGGGCGGAGCAAGUUGAGUUAGGAGAUGAAGGAGGCAUUUUGUCUCCCACUGACACCCUACCACCUCCGACUGAAACAUUCGACGAAAAGACCGGUGUUAAAAAAGUCAUUGAGUAUAAGAUCAACGACGAUGGCAAGAAAGUGAAGGUUAUUAAGACAUACAAGGUUGAAACUUACAAAGUUUCAAAGACCAUUGCCAAAAGAAAGACAUGGAAAAAGUUUGGUGAUGCGAAGAAUGAUCCUCCAGGCCCGAAUCCUGCAAAUACGGUCAUCUCUGAAGACAUAUUUCUUCAGUUCGUCCACGCCAAGGAGUUGACUGAGCCAGAAGAUGACCCACUAUCUCGAUUGAAGGGUAAAAUGGUGUCGUGUAGGAUCUGUAAAGGCGACCACUGGACGACAAAAUGCCCCUACAAAGAGAGACUGGCCCCCCUCCAAGAAACCCUCGAAGGUAAAAAGACAGAAGAUACUCCGCAACAAGCUCCAGCUGGUGCCGGCCCGAGCUCCCAGGCUCCAAGUGGUCCCGGAGCUAAACCCGGCAAGUACGUGCCCCCAAGUUUGAGAGAGGGUGGAAAUAAGAAGGGGGAUUCGAUGUCUGUCAGAGGAAGAGGAGAUGAUUCAGCCACCAUACGUGUGACCAAUCUGUCCGAGGACACAAGGGAAAGUGAUUUACAAGACCUCUUCAGACCCUUUGGCCAGAUUUCUAGAAUUUUCCUUGCCAAGGAUAAACUAUCUGGCCAGUCUAAGGGCUUUGCGUUCAUCAACUUUCACCACAAAGAGGACGCAGCCAGAGCCAUUGCUGGCGUGUCAGGCUUCGGUUACGACCAUCUCAUCCUUAAUGUCGAAUGGGCAAAACCAAGUCCUAAUUAGCAGAAGAACAGAAAGAAUUUUGUUUAAUUGAUUAAAUAAAAUAGAUAAAAAAAUGUUGAUAUUUAUUACUUAAUGAAUGAUGAAUUUUAAUAUGUUUUCAUAGUUAAAUUAAAAUUAAACAUUUUUUUCUCUGUUUUGUUGAAGUAAAUUGAUAAAAGGCCGUUUUAUUCAUACGAGAAUGUUGAAAAA